AUUUUGAUCGGGUGCCUUUGAAGGUACCCGAACAUCGGCCACUGUUAAGGUGGCCAUAGAUGCACUGAUAAUAUCGUAUGAAACAAACUUUCGUACAAUAUUUGGUGCGUGUAUGGUGGGCGACCAGCCGACUGAUAUCGGCAUAAGACUUGGAUAUCAGUCGGCUUGUCAAUCAGGCUGGCCAGAAAAUUUUGAUCAGGCGCCUUUGAAGGCACCAGAACAUACAGGUAGAAUUCUAUUGUUUCUGCUUGUAUAUGUAAGUGUAGAAACGAUCAAUCUUUCCUGGAAAGAGCAUAAUUGUAUCGUCUAUGUCCACCUUUAGAUCCUUCUUCAGAACCUCAUACAAAAAUGCAGUGUUGCUCAAGAACUCAAGUUCUGCCCACUUGGUGACGUUUGCAAUAGGAGGCCGCCAUGAAGAGUCUAGGUUCCAUCCCUCUUCCCCUCAUUAUCCUUCUGAGCAAAAUGGCCGCUGCUGAUGUUUUAUUCCAAUAGGUUCACGUUUUAAAAGGUUUUCUGGGAAGAAGGAGAUAUUUGGCCUCAGUGCUGCCUUAAACAACUGUGCUUUGCAAUGCCUCGCAUGGUCACUAAUGUAGCCAUUUUGUUUUCAGGUUGUCGAGAUUUUUUUAGUUACCGCUCCCCCACUGAUAAAACGGUCGCCACCUUCACAAAAACGAAAUAAAUAAAUAAAAUGCCUCCACUUUGAUUGUUUGCAUCCCGAAACAGAGUUUGGCUCUAAUUAAUGUCUGCAUGUGAAAAUAAUCUACAUAUUCAAUUAUAUAUAAAAAAAGGAAAAACUGUCACAAAAAAAAAAAAAGCCCCCACAUGACUUUGCAUGAAUAAUGCUCAUCAUCUCUUCGUACUCUUUUGAUACGACGUAUUCAUCCGGUGUUUUUAUUUCUAUUUGAUAAAAAUUGGGGAUUUGUUGAGAAACUUUCUACAAAAAAAAGGAAAACAAAAAACAAGAGAAGGAAAAAAAAAUUUGGACACAAAAAAAGUUCAGUCAAAAGAAAGGAAAGUCAAUGUUGUGUCUGAGAGGAGUUUAUUGGGCCCAGACAUUGGAUUGUGAUUGGCUCGGAUUUUAGCCGUUUUGUAAGAAGCAAAAAAAAAGAAAUAAAAUGUCCUUAAAUCUGAAUAAAAACUUGUCAAAUAAAAUGGUGUUGUUUUGUGAUCAGAGAAAGUCACACACGGACAUUCCUCACACAAGUCCAGUCACACUGAGGAAGGACAUUCUACCGCACAAACAUCCGGGGUCUGUUCCUUCCCAUGAGGCAACGCGAAACUGCCCUUCUCUCCCAGUGCAGGUGCGAGUCUCAGGUGUGUAGCGUAGUGGUGGGCGGGGAUACGGAAGAGCGUAGCGCGCUGAUUGGCCACAUGAAUAUAGGGCGGGAAAAGGUAACAGGCGGAGGAGAGUGCGGAUUCCCUGAGAGAGGCUUGAGGUACAGAUGAGUGAGGGGCGCAAACUGUACUUCCGGAAUAAACGGGACCUGGGGAGGCGGCUGCUCUGUAACUUGUAUGAGAAAUGGCAAUGGUAUUGUGUGAGGGGAAGCAGCAGGGAAAGGAGGAAGGGGCUGACUGGGGAUUCAGUGUAUAGUUGUGAGGACUAGGGAGAGGCUUCAGUGUAUAGUGGGCAGGACUAGGGAGAGGCUUCAGUGUAUAGUGGGCAGGACUAGGGAGUGGCUUCAGUGUAUAGUGGGCAGGACUAGCGAGUGGCUUCAGUGUAUAGUGGGCAGGACUAGGGAGUGGCUUUAGUGUAUAGUGGGCAGGACUAGGGAGUGGCUUUAGUGUAUAGUGGGCAGGACAAGGGAGUGGCUUCAGUGUAUAGUGGGCAGGACAAGGGAGUGGCUUCCGUGUAUAGUGGGCAGGACAAGGGAGUGGCUUCAGUGUAUAUUAGGGAGUGGCUUCAGUGUAUAGUGGGCAGGACUAUGGAGUGGCUUCAGUGUAUAGUGGGCAGGACAAGGGAGUAGCUUCAGUGUAUAGUGGGCAGGACAAGGGAGUGGCUUCAGUGUAUAGUGGGCAGGACUAGGGAGUGGCUUCAGUGUAUAGUGGGCAGGACUAGGGAGUGGCUUCAGUGUAUAGUGGGCAGGACAAUGGAGCGGCUUCAGUGUAUAUUAGGGAGUGGCUUCAGUGUAUAGUGGGCAGGACUAGGGAGAGGCUUCAGUGUAUAGUGGGCAGGACUAGGGAGUGGCUUCAGUGUAUAGUGGGCAGGACUAGCGAGUGGCUUCAGUGUAUAGUGGGCAGGACUAGGGAGUGGCUUUAGUGUAUAGUGGGCAGGACUAGGGAGUGGCUUUAGUGUAUAGUGGGCAGGACAAGGGAGUGGCUUCAGUGUAUAGUGGGCAGGACAAGGGAGUGGCUUCCGUGUAUAGUGGGCAGGACAAGGGAGUGGCUUCAGUGUAUAUUAGGGAGUGGCUUCAGUGUAUAGUGGGCAGGACUAUGGAGUGGCUUCAGUGUAUAGUGGGCAGGACAAGGGAGUAGCUUCAGUGUAUAGUGGGCAGGACAAGGGAGUGGCUUCAGUGUAUAGUGGGCAGGACUAGGGAGUGGCUUCAGUGUAUAGUGGGCAGGACUAGGGAGUGGCUUCAGUGUAUAGUGGGCAGGACAAUGGAGCGGCUUCAGUGUAUAUUAGGGAGUGGCUUCAGUGUAUAGUGGGCAGGACUUGGGAGUGGCUUCAGUGUAUAGUGGGCAGGACAAUGGAGUGGCUUCAGUGUAUAUUAGGGAGUGGCUUCAGUGUAUAGUGGGUGUAUAGUGGGCAGGACAAGGGAGUGGCUUCAGUGUGUGUUAGGAAGUGGCUUCAGUGUAUAGUGGGUGUGACAAGGGAGUGGCUUCAGUGUAUAGUGGGCAGGGCAAGGGGGUGGCUUCAGUGUAUAGUGGGCAGGAGUAGGGAGUGGCUUCAGUGUAUAGUAGGGAGGAGUAGGGAGUGGCUUCAGUGUAUAGUGGGCAGGAGUAGGGAGUGGCUUCAGUGUAUAGUAGGGAGGAGUAGGGAGUGGUUUCAGUGUAUAGUGUGCAGUAGUAGGCAGUGGCUACAGUGUAUAUUAGGGUGUAUAUUAGGCUUUAGUGUAUAGUGGGGAGGAGUAUGUAGCUGCAGUGUAUAAUGGGGAGGAGUAUGUAGCUGCAGUGUAUAGUAGGGAGGAGUAUGUAGCUCCAGUGUAUAGUGGGGAGGAGUAUGUAGCUGCAGUGUAUAGUGGGGAGGAGUAUGUAGCUGCAGUGUAUAGUGGGGAGGAGUAUGUAGCUGCAGUGUAUAGUGGGGAGGAGUAUGUAGCUGCAGUGUAUAGUGGGGAGGAGUAUGUAGCUGCAGUGUAUAGUGGGGAGGAGUAUGUAGCUGCAGUGUAUAGUGGGGAGGAGUAUGUAGCUGCAGUGUAUAGUAGGGAGGAGUAUGUAGCUGCAGUGUAUAGUGGGGAGGAGUAUGUAGCUGCAGUGUAUAGUGGGGAGGAGUAUGUAGCUGCAGUGUAUAGUAGGGAGGAGUAUGUAGCUGCAGUGUAUAGUGGGGAGGAGUAUGUAGCUGUAUAACAGGGAGGAGUACGUGUGUGUAUAUAGGAGCUGUGAGUGCAGGGAAGCAGCGGAUCCCGGAGGGGAAGGCUCAGGACUGGAUGAAGUUUAAUACAAGACAUGAGGAGAGGGGGGCUGAGUGUUGCUGCCAGCUGGACACAAGGGCUCGGGUGCCCAUUGCUACUUGCCCUGCUGCUGCUGCUCCUGUGUGGGGAUGCUCUGGAUCAGGGGGACUACCUGGAGACUGGCUCUGGUCACAUGGCAGAAGAGGUAGAUGUGCUGGAAUCUCUCACUCUCCACUCAGCGGAGCUCGUAAACCUCACUCUCACCUCUGAGGAUUCCUGUCUCGCCCUUGAGUUGGGACAGUACUCAACGCUUAGUGUUUCCACCAGGAUGGCAUUUGGUGACAGUUUUGCAGAUGAACUCACCGUCUUGAUGAUGCUGCGAUCAUCUCUGAAAGAAGACACUGGUUUCCUCACCAUCCUCAGCCUUCAUGGCCUCAUAUUGUUCCAGAUCCGAAUCACCCCAAAGGCCUUCAUCUUCAUCUCCAGCCGCCGAGGUCACUAUGAGUUCUCUGUGCCCACCCUCACUGACGGCAAAUGGCACCGGGUGGCACUGAGUAUAUCUGUGAAGGGCGUGACGCUGUAUGUGGACUGUAAGCUGGUGGAGAUGCUUGCUUGGACCAACUAUUUUGGGCUGGGAGUUAGCACUGAUGGGAUAUUAAUGCUAGGUGGCCUCAUUGAACCCUACGAAAUCCCCUUUAAGGGCUCUUUACAGCAACUCAUCUUUGUGAUUGGAGAGCCCGGUGCAGCCAAACUCUACUGCAGGAACUACAACCAAACGUGUCUGAGCACUUUCUCUGAGGAACAUUUCUUCAACUUGUCUCAGAGCGACCUCCGGAGGCGGGAGGCCAAAGUGACUGAGUUGGAUGUGGGAGGAGACUUCAUUACGGAUCAUGGCAAAAACUCCACCCCUCGAUCAACCAUACUUGAGAUUUCGCCAACAAAAACGAAUGGGAAAGUCUCCAGAGGACGUGACUUCAGGACACAACACGGAGGCAGUCUGGAUUAUCACCAGCUCAUCAACGAAGUGGAUUUGUUGCUUCUGGAAGAAGAAGGCCUCAUUCCCUCUGUCAUCGGCACUGAGCUGGAAAGCACCAAGGCAGCCAAGAAGGAGGAACAAUACAAAAAGCUGGACCCCACUGAAGAAAACAUCACAAUAGAGAAACAAGAAAAGGUCCUGGAACGUAUCCCUAUAGACAAAUCUGUUAGUGACAACGUAGACUUGACCAAAGAUCCCGUGCACCCCAAACUGAUCCCAUGGUCUACGCCUGUUCCCCCAAGUGUACCUUUAAACUCUACAGACAUUCUAGAGUCCUCUUCAAAAGCAAAGAACAAAACAAGUAUAGAUGUGGCACCUACUCCUUCCCUUGCCACCUAUCCACAGAAGGGAGCUGGGAAUGUAAGCCAGGAGAGCAACGGCCUCCAGACAGAGAAACCCAAAAGACCUGCUGCUCGUGGGUCUCCGGGACCCCGUGGUAGUCCCGGCUGCCCUGGUCGUCCUGGAUUUUCUGGACCAAAAGGAGACAAGGGUGAACCAGGAAUAAUGGGGCAAACAGGAAUGACUGGCAACCCAGGUCCUAACGGGCCCCCAGGACUACCCACCAUAAUGAUCUGGAGCAACUCUAAAGAAGACUGGGCAGCAUUCUAUCAAACGUCGUUCUAUCAGCUGCUGCAUGCAGGCUGGCCUAGGAUCCGUGGGUCGACUGGUUUCCCUGGAAUACCCGGAAUGCCAGGAACUCCGGGCUCAAUAGGACCACCGGGGUUACCUGGAAUUAGAGGACAGUGGGGUGCCAUGGGAAGCAUGGGACCAAAGGGCAUGCAAGGGAUGCCAGGGACACCAGGAAGGGACGGAUCAUCGGGAUUAGAUGGGAAGCCGGGAUCUCCGGGGACAACAGGAGCCAAAGGCCCGCAAGGAUUUAAAGGAGACCAAGGACCACUCGGCGAGAAAGGGGAAGAAGGAUUCCAAGGAUCUCCAGGGCCAGGUGGGGUGAAAGGCGUCAAAGGAGUCAAGGGGGUGAAGGGAGAGUCAGGUCCCGUGGGUCCUUCAGGGGUUCAGGGCCCAAUGGGUGCUAAAGGUGCUUUUGGAUUUCAAGGCCCCCCAGGACCAAUAGGAGAUAUGGGAAUUCCUGGACCUCCUGGUCCUCCAGGGCCUGAGGGAGAACAAGGACAGCCAGGACCCCCAGGAACCCAGGGUGUGAAUGGGUCUCAGGGUGAUUUGGGUCCUCCAGGAGUUAUUGGACAUCGUGGACCACAGGGUCCUCCUGGAAUAGAAGGUAUAAGAGGACCUCCAGGGCCCAGAGGACCACAGGGAUUGAUGGGAGCUGAGGGACCCCAAGGUCCAGAAGGAAGCAGAGGUGACCCUGGCCCAAUGGGAGUAAGGGGAGAAAGGGGGCCUGAAGGACCCAUGGGAUUGAUUGGACGGCCAGGGCCAGAUGGACCCCCUGGAGAUAAGGGUCGCCCUUUUGCAGAUGGAGAAAAAGGAGAUCCUGGACCAAAGGGGGAAAAAGGUAGUCCAGGAUCUCCUGGUGUAAAAGGUCCUUCCGGGGAGCAAGGCCAUGUUGGUUUUGUGGGUUUCUUAGGACCUAAAGGUCAGAUGGGACCCACUGGAGCUCCAGGGGAUGAAGGACAGGUUGGAGCUCCAGGUCUCAAUGGCAGUGACGGACCAAAGGGAAACCGGGGACCUGAUGGACCAAAAGGGCUUACAGGACCAAGAGGAAAUCGGGGUCGUAUGGGGCAGAGAGGACUCGUAGGAAUGCCAGGAGCACCGGGUCAAAUAGGAGCCGGGGGCCUGGAGGGAGCAGAAGGACUGCCUGGUACACAGGGACCCAAUGGCGUACCAGGGAAUCCUGGGAGUAGGGGGCUUAUGGGUCAUGAAGGCUCUCAAGGAGACGUUGGGAGAGAAGGACCUUCAGGCCAAGUGGGCCCUCCUGGUAGAGCAGGGAUUGAUGGAGAACCAGGAGAUCUUGGCGAAAGGGGAUUUACGGGAAAACCAGGCCCAGAAGGGCCACAGGGGCCAGUAGGCAUGUAUGGGUUUCCUGGCCCUGCCGGAGAAAGAGGUCGGACAGGAUACCCCGGGGAGAAGGGGGAAUUGGGACCACCUGGUAUCCAAGGGCCACCAGGAAAAGUGGGACUAAAGGGUCCUCCUGGGUCACCUGGGGAAAGAGGUCCACCCGGACCCCAGGGUCGGCUGGGAGAUCCAGGCAUCCAGGGUUUGCCCGGGCCUCAGGGCCCACCUGGUAACCCAGGGCCAGAUGGGGAGGUUGGAAAGGGUGGACUUCCUGGUGAAAAUGGGCCUGCUGGAAAUAUGGGAGACCCAGGACCAGCAGGAUACCAGGGUCGAGAGGGAGCAGCUGGUGUUGAAGGACCUCCGGGAGAGAAAGGUGAAAAGGGAGAAAUCGGGCCUGUCGGAGACCAGGGGGUGAGCGGUUUGGAUGGGGAGCAGGGAGAGCCUGGUUCUACUGGAAAUGAAGGAUCAGCUGGCCUUAAAGGAGAUCAGGGUGAUCCUGGUCUUCCAGGGAAUCCUGGUCUAAACGGGCCCUUAGGAGACCCAGGGGAGAGAGGGCUGCAGGGCCUUAUGGGACCCCCUGGGGAAACAGGGAAGGAGGGAGAUGUGGGGGAAAUGGGAGACGUUGGAGACCCUGGGCCUCAAGGAGGAAAGGGAGAUAAAGGGCCAGUUGGUGGUUCCGGAAACCCAGGACCAAGUGGCAUUAUAGGAGAAAGAGGCAGUCGAGGGGAAAAGGGGGACAAAGGCCUGAAUGGACCUCUGGGACCACCAGGAUUGAUUGGAUCUACAGGACCUUCUGGAUUACAGGGACAAAUGGGAGAUGUCGGCAAACAAGGAGCCCCAGGUCCUAAUGGACCCCAAGGUUUGAAGGGGGAAACUGGUACCACUGGGGAGACUGGUCAGCUGGGUCCUCCUGGUCUAAUGGGCCUACCUGGAAAGAAAGGGGAGAAGGCAGAGCGAGGACAGACUGGGUGGCCAGGGACAGAGGGCCCACGAGGCAUUACAGGCAACCAAGGGUCACAGGGUCUUAUUGGCCAAGAAGGACUCAAAGGAGAAGAUGGAAGCCCUGGAGAGCCAGGAGUCAUGGGAGUUCCAGGUCCUCCUGGGGAGUCUGGGUCAAUAGGGGCACCAGGAAGAGAAGGACCACAAGGAGAAAAGGGGCAACCAGGAGAACAAGGCGUAUCAGGGAAAACGGGCCCCCUUGGAAAUCCAGGACAAGAAGGAAAAAUUGGCCAGAGGGGAGAAAAGGGUGACAGUGGCAUUGAUGGCCGCCCCGGCAGACCAGGGAAUCAUGGGAGAAAGGGCAGAAGAGGGAAAGCAGGCCCAAGGCCACCAAGAGGACCUGCAGGUCUCAAGGGUUUACAAGGAGAUAAGGGUUCGGAAGGACCAGAAGGACCCAGAGGACCAUAUGGGAUCCCUGGACUUAGAGGAACGAGGGGUGAAACAGGCCACAAAGGUAUACAGGGUGAGCUGGGCUUGGAUGGACCAAUAGGACAACAAGGAGAAGAAGGGCUGAAGGGACAACAAGGACCUAUUGGGGAGCGUGGACCUGAAGGGAUCAAAGGGGAGCAGGGAGUUGAGGGGCCACCUGGCCCUCAAGGAUUGCCUGGACCCCAAGGUGCACCAGGACCACCAGGGAUAGAGGGACACAAAGGAUUCUCUGGACCAGAAGGACCCAGAGGGCCACCUGGACCACCAGGGCCUCCUGGUGCGCCUGGCCUUCCUGGACCUACUCUAAAUUUAACAGCCCAAAGUUUAAAGCGGACCUUUUCUCACGCCGGUGCCUUGAGUGUAGAGGGACCUUGGGAUCUUGUGCGUCGUUUGGAAGAGGACUUGAAACAACUGCGCUUUCCACCAAACGGUUCCAAGGAAAAUCCAGCCAGCACCUGUAAGGAACUUCAGCUCAUACAACCUCAUCUAUCUGACGGUUAUUACUAUGUAGAUCCCAAUCUGGGAAGUCCACAGGAUUCUUUUCUUGUGUUCUGCAAUUUCACUGCUGGGGGUGAGACGUGUCUUCUACCUCAGGAGAGCCAAAUCCCAGUCAGACCUUGGCUUCAAGACUAUCAGACUUCAGAGGGUUUCCAGUGGUUCAGCACUCUCCCUGGAGGCUUUACAUUCAGGUACAGUGAAACAGGAGUUGUCCAGCUGCGUUUCUUAAAGUUACAAAGCAGUGCUGUCCAUCAGGGGGUGAGGUACGUGUGCCAAGCUCGGCCUGAGGCCACGGCAAAAGACAAGAACGUGAAGUUUCUGACCGAUACCAGGGAUCAGAGCUUUCUGGUGACCUUGCAGGGCUGUGAGUGGGAAGAGACGUCAAACAGAACGGGAACUCUCCUCCACUUUGCCCCUUCAGACCUCAGCCUCCUUCCUCUCAGAGACUUGGCUAUGUUACACGACGGCGACUUUGGACACCAGUUUGGUUUCUUUGUGGGUCCUACGUGCUACAGCUGAACUCAGAGCCCCUUCCUCUUGUGAACGCUUUUUUUGUGGACAGCACCCAGGUGAAGGGUGGAAGACCUGCCUUAUUUAUACCGAAAAUUAUUACAUGGGUCUCCCCCCUCCCACUCGGCUUGCUUUUUUAUUUUUUUUAACCUUCUCUCUCAGGAAGGGAGACAAUUGUUUACAGUGAAGCAUUUGGUGCUCCUACUCUUAAGUUUGAAGGCUUCACCUGUAUCUCCUGGUGAGAACCACACACAGACACCUCAAGGCUUCCUAUCAGAAGAACAUUUGCGGAGUAAUGUUUUCAGGGAAGGAACCGGAAUUUAUUUUUCAGUGCACUUCUUAUUCCGCUUGUGUAGCAGAGAUGAAACGGUGCUCAAGUUCUGUUUGACUUUACUGUUACCAGAUUUUCGGUUGACCAUGGAUGGGUUACCUAAUGGCCAAAGGGUACCAUGUCAACAUUUGACUAUAAUAACUGGUGACACUUGGAUGGAUCUCAGUCGCCAGCUGUUGGGAUUUGUGACAUCAAACGCAGGAUGAGUAAAAUCAGUGGCAUUUCACUUGUGGCUUCAUGGGACGCAGGGAGUUCCGACAGAAGAGCAGCAGUCUCCUCUUGAUUCUGAUUAGCACCUUUAUGAAUCUGUGUAUCCAGAGCAGUGGUUUCCCAAACUGUGGGUCAGAAGCAGUGGCAGGUAGACAUACUGUAGAAUGAAGACCAAGUUAGAGACCCCUGAAAGCCCAGUAAGUUCAUGGUAGUGCAGAUUGUGGUUGGCUGCUCUAUCUCUGUAACCUUGUGAAGAGGGUAUCUGAACCAAAGAGGUUUCCGUGCAGUUGGGUGGGUGCAUGUGCCCUUUAACAGGUCAAGGAAUUUAGUUCUGUACUAGUCUGUGGUCUUUCUAGUAUCCUGGCACGCAGAAUCCAGCUCUAUGGUCUUUCUUGCCAACCAACACUGUUGCCUCCUACUAUACCUGCUGCCCCCUUUUGGGCUCCCUGUCCCCAUAAAGAAAUCCCUGGAAAUAUCAGCUUUUGCACUAACCUCAAAUCUAUUUAGUAACAUUUAGCCUCCUCUGAUUGGAUAGCGGAUUCACAAUCUCUCCCUGCCCUGUUGCCAUGGGGACAGUCAAGCUCUAGUCCUACAACUCUACCAGGACUUCUGGGGGUUGUAGUUCUGCAAUACCUUAAGCUUACGGCUAUCUUUCUAUUUUAUAGCGUCCGACUCUCCUCUCCUUUGCUUGUGUAUAAAUGAAAGAUGAAGGCCACGUUGUUCUUGCUUUAAAUCCACAAGUGCCUGAGAUUUAAUAGUUAUUUUGUUUUUUUCUACAUGAAUUUUUUUUAUGACUUGCCCUGUAUUGUGCUGUACAUAUAUUCUAUAAAGUCUCAAUCGAAUAAAUCUCAUUUUGUGAUAGAAA